UAUUAAGCAACAAUGGAAACAGUCAUCGUUUACUCUCAAACCUUGUUCAUCUUCCUCCUCCUUUGCUUCUCUUCACUCGUCUCUUACUUUCUCUUUUUCAAGAAACCAAAGGGUAACUUCGAUUUGCUUCCGAGCCCUCCUGCUUUCCCAAUCAUCGGUCAUUUUCACCUUCUCCUUGCUGCACGAAUCCACAUGUCUUUUCAGAAAAUCUCAUCCAAGUAUGGACCUCUCCUCCAUCUCCGCAUCUUUAAUGUCCCUGUCAUCCUCAUCUCCUCCCCCGCAAUAGCCUAUGAGAUCUUUAGAGCUCAAGAUAUAAAUAUCUCCUCUCGCGGUGUUGCUGCGAUAGAUGAAUCACUCGCGUUUGGAUCGGCUGGCUUCGUCCACGCUCCAUAUGGAGAUUACUGGAAGUUCAUGAAGAAACUCAUUGUUACUAAGGUGCUUGGACCCAAGGCGAUGGAGCAGUCACGAAGUGUUCGUAAUGAAGAGCUAGAGCUGUUCUACAAAACGCUGCUCGAUAAGGCGAUGAAGAAGGAAAGCGUUGAUUUCUUCGAGGAAGCAGUGAGACUCGUUAACAACACCCUCUGCACGAUGACCAUGGGAAGGAGUUGCUCAGUGGAGAACAACGAGGCAGGGAGGGUCAUGGAAUUGGUUGCCGAGUUAGCUACCUUGUCUAAGAAGUUUUUGUUGGGAAAAAUGUUGCGUAACAUAUUUGAGAAGCUUGGGAUCUCACCGUUCAAAAAGAAGAUAAUGGAUGUUUCCCGCAGAUUUGAGGAGCUGCUUGACAAAAUUAUUUUGGAGCAUGAAGAGAAACCGGAAGAUACUGAGGGUAAGGACUUUAUGGACUUAUUGCUGGCAGAUUCUCGAGACGAAAAUGCAGAGUAUAAGAUCACUAAGAAACAUAUCAAGUCGUUAUUCACGGAGCUUUUCCUUGGAGCAACUGACACCUCUUCAACAUCGACACAAUGGGUAAUGGCAGAGAUCAUCAACAACCCUAAGAUCUUUCAGAGGGUGAGAGAAGAAAUUGAUUCCGUGGUAGGGAAAACAAGAUUGAUUCAAGAAACAGAUCUACCAAACCUUCCUUACCUAGAAGCCGUAAUUAAGGAAGCGCUAAGAUUGCACCCUUCUGUGCCUUUCCUUGUAAGGGAGUUCCGAGACGAGUGUACGAUUGGAGGGUUUUAUGUACCAAAUAAGACAACACUUGUUGUCAAUGUUUAUGCUAUGAUGAGAGAUACUGAUUUUUGGGAAGACCCUGAUGAGUUUAAACCCGAGAGGUUUCUAGCUUCUUCUAGAAAGGAAGAGGACGUAAAAGAGAGAUUCUUUAACUACAUUCCUUUCGGGAGCGGAAGAAGAAAAUGUCCUGGAUCAAAUCUUGGUUCUAUCUUUAUAGGAACCGUGAUUGGGAUGAUGGUCCAGUGCUUUGACUGGGAAAUCAAAGGAGGUAAGGUUAAGAUGGAAGAUGCUCCUGGAAGACUCUUCUUGACUAUGGCUCAUCCCCUUAGAUGCACUCCUCUUCCUCGAACCCUAAACCCUUUACCUACCAGUCACUAGUUUCCUUAAUUAGGAUAUUAAUAUACCUCUGAAUUUACAUAUUGUAUCCUCUUUCUUUUGUUUAAUGUAAUCUCUAUGUAUGCCUCUUCUAAUUCCUCUCAAUUAAAAGCAAUAUUUCCCCCAAACUUUGAUAUUGUUUGUAUUGGAAACCAAAACAAAAAUUAAUGUUUACCUCUUCUACA